AUGCCCGUCGACUACAGCAAAUGGGACGCCCUCGAGCUCUCCGACGACAGCGACAUCGAAGUCCACCCGAACGUCGACAAACGCUCCUUCAUCCGCGCCAAGCAGAACCAAAUCCACCAGGAGCGAUUCCAGCGCAAGCACCGCAUUACGACGCUCAGAUACGAGCGGGUGGUGAAUGAUGGGCUACUGCUGAGAAUAGAUGCCCUGCUUAAAGCUCUCGAAUCGCACAAGCAGGAUGUUGAGAGCAAGAAAGAAGCAAGUGAGGUGGACGAGGUGGUGUUCGAUGCCUUGAUGGACGUGAGUAGUGAUGGAAGUCUGGGUGCAGACCAGCCGCCUAUGCCGCCGGACGGCGUACAUACGCAGGAAGGUGAGCAGCCGAGCUACAGCAAGAUGAUGGGCGCGUUGGUGGAUCAGGUGAAGACGGACGUGGAGAAGGCGAAGGCUGGUGAGGGCAUGGAGAGGUAUGGAGCUUUUAUUACGGGUAUAGGUGGGCAUCAGACCAAGGUAGAGGGUUUGCAGAAGGACUUGAUGACGGAGCUCACCAAGCUGGAGAAGGAGGAGGGGUUGAAGAUUACUUCGGAGUCGAUACAUACUGGGUUUGACAGCUCGCAUGUUUCGAAGGCGGCGCCCGCUGCUGCGGCCGCGGCGGCGAAGACGAGCAAGUCGUCACAGCCGGAGUUGCUGAAUCCGUCGAGACCGGCUGUUGAUUCUGGAGCUCAGACACCUGGGUCUGAGGCGGAUAUCGAGGAUGGGGCGCUGAACGUAGCACCUGGCGAGGAUGAAGAGGAUAUGGAAGCCUCAGCUUUGGCAAAGCAGUUCGGCAAGAUCAAGUAUGGCGACUACAACCAAUCUCUGCAGUUCAUUGGCUCCCACCCGGACAUCCUGGCGGAGAAGGAGACGGAUGGUCUGCUGGUAGAAGCCUUCAAUGCUCAAAGCAACGCCUCAUCCAAGCAAGAGGAAGAGUACGCACGACAAUGCGUCCACCAAGCACUAUUGCUGCAGUACUGCCGCCAGCUGGGCAAAGACGGUGUAGGCCUCUUCUUCAAGCGCAUCCAAACGCAAGGCCAUCAAGCACGAAAGCUCUUCCUGGACGAUGUCAAUAACACCUACGCCCGCAUCCGCACUCGAACGGCUGAGCUUGCAAAACAGCGCGACGAAGAAGGCGGAGACAAGGAGCAGAUUCAACUCCAUGCCGUCGAUCCCGGCACGACCAUCAACAUCGUCACUCCACCCCCGCUCGACCAAUGCCAAUCAGACGACGAGCGCACCAGCAGACAGAUCUUCGAGACGUUCCCGCCCGGCCUUCAGCGAGCGCUCGAAAGCGGCAGCUUAGACCGGGUGAACGAGGUGCUAGGCAAGAUGUCAGUAGACGAAGCGGAACAGGUUGUCGAGCAGCUCGGCAACGGCGGGAUGUUGAGCUUGGAAGAAGGUGUGAUUGAUGCAACAACUGAUGAGGGGAAGAAGACUAUGGAGGAGAUUGAGAGGACCAGGCAGAUGCCUGGACAAGACAGGAUCCAGGAAGUUGAGGGGACGGAGGAUCCGGGGAUGGAUUGA